AUGUCUGGAGGUCACGCAGAAAGCCUCAUUAAAAACAUUAUUGGUGACAUAGUGCGGGAGUGUGCGGUGAGAGGACAUGCGGUGUCUGAAACUCUGGUGGCUUUCAUGGUGAAAGCUGUGGUGCUGGACCCUAGAAAUGGCUUUAAUGUGUCACUGAUUUGCUCUUCACAGCUGUGUCUGGAUAAACUGAUGGAGAAGUGCAGCCCGUCCCUCGACACAAUCAAGAUGCAGGUGUAUUUUGAUUUGAAUUACACCUCCAGACGAGAGUUCCUGGAGGAUAUCCACCAGGUGAUGGAGUCCAAGCUGAGCUCAGUGAGCAGAGAGAUCACAGACAGCAGGGUGAAAACACGGGAAGAGUUAGAAGCAUUGUACCGCAAAGUUGUAACGUACAUCCUGCUGCGCUCCGGCGUGGGCUCCCCCGCAGACGUCAACACUGUGAACGAGGCUACAGCUGCCCUGCAGAGCGUCUUCCCUCACACUGAGCUGGGAGCCUUCAUGGUCCUCCUGAAGAGAGACAAAGAGCUGCAGCUCAAAGAGCUCACCAUGACCGUCACAGGGAUCCGACUCUUCAACAAGGCCGGAAAGAAAGGAGAGCAGGAGACUGACCUCGAUAAACUAAUGCCUGCAGCUCUGACUGAAGCUCUUCCAGCCAUCAGUACGAGCUUAGAGAACGAGCUGAAAAUCUCUCAGAGUUUGGCCUGGAGAUACACGGCUGUGCUGGAGAAGCUGACGCACCCUGACUGUCGUUCUGCAGAGCGUGAUGUUCCCAUGGUGUUACUGAAACAGGCUCUCUACAACGUCAGGCAGCAUGAAGGUUUCCUCAGGAUGUUAUUGGCUGAUGCUUGUUUAUGUGCCAAACACGCAGAGCUCCUGCAGGCUGAGUUCUCCUCAAACAUGAAGCUGCUGAAAGAAACUGUGAAGUCAAAGGCAGCUGUACCCACUGCAACAGUGUUUCCGCUGUUUAAGGCUCUGCCUAAGCUGUGGUCGGGACUCCAGGACGAGGCCGAGCUACUGAACAUCCUCAAUAACAUCAGCAUCAACCUGCAGCCCUUCAUCGCCUCGCAGGCCAAGAUCUUCUCUGAAGCUCAUUUAGACGGUCUGUUGGAGUCCUCCGAGGUGAAGGCAGAUGAGCAGAGGAUGAUCGAGUCCUCGGGUGAGCGAAUCGAUCCAGGUGAGAUGAAGUCACACAAUUGGCUCCUCCCUGAAACUACAGCCAGCUUUAACGAGCUGCCACUGCAGUAUAACGGAGUCUGUGGAUACACUGUGGUGACCAGAGACGGACUCCUACUACCAGGUAAUCCUCACAUCGGAGUCCUCAAACACAAAGAGAAGCUCUAUGUUUUCAGCUCCAAAGACGCUGCGGUAAAAUUUGCCUCCAGUCCAGAAGAGUUCAUUGAAGAGGUGGCUGAGAAAGCAAAGCUCUCACCUGAACUUAUUCAGCUCCUCAAACUGCACCAACAGUUCUCCUGCGUCAGUCCGUACCCUGAGAUGCAGCCAGGUGAAGGUUUACUGGUGAAUCCGAUCACCAACUGUGAGAGUGGCACACAGACCGACAUCCACCCACUGGAGACGAACAUGGACAAGUCGUACGAGUGGAACGAGGGGGAGGUGCGAAGAAAAGCUAUCAAACUGCUGAGCCUUAAUGCUGAUCUCUUGAGCAAAGCGACCCACUCAACACAGACCGAUAUGAGCCACAUGAGACGAGAAAACACGACCCAGACGUGGCUGCCAAAGAACGCCGUCUGCCAGAGUAAGAGAGAUGGUAAGAGCAGCGUGCCCAAACCUCAGACCUACCUGACAGGACUGGGAGGACAGAGAGACGGACACGUGGUCAAAACCAACCUGACCAGACCUGUGGACGAUUAA